GCAUGAAAUUUGAUGAAACAUUCUUAUCAAUUAGUUCAUUUAAAAUAAUUGACAUGAUAACAGCUUGUACUUCUGUACAAAUUUGGGAAAAUGAUGAUCUGCCAAAUCAAAUAUGUAAUGCAUGCUUUCUUCAAUUAGAAAAUACCAUUAGCUUUAAACAAUUAUGUGAAAAUUCGGACAACACAUUUCGUCAAAUUAUUGAACAGAAUAAAAUUAAUUCAUGGAAUACCGAAAGUGAUUUAGAUAAUGUAAAGGAUGAAGAAUUGGAAGAUUAUCCAAUACAUAUCAAAGAAGAAGGUGCUGAUCAAAAUGAAGUUAAAAUAUCAAAAACAAGCAACAAUGAUGAAGUAUUGGAAAACGAAAAUACAUCUGAAUUGCAUAGAAUAAAAACACGAAAGAAAAGCGUGCAAUAUAAAUACGAAGAGGAAAGUGAAGAUGAUGAAGGAUCUGUUUGGGAAGGGGAUGAUGAAUCGGACUUACAAAAAUACAAGUGUGAAAAAUGUUUAUUGUCGUUUAAAAAAGUAAAUGUAUUGGGCUUACAUAUGGCAAAAAAACAUAACGCAGAAGGAGUGAAAUGUAAAGAAUGUUCACUAAUAUGUUAUCAUCCAUUACAUUUAAGUUCUCAUGAAAACUUUCAUAAAAAGUUUAAAUACGAUAAGAAUCAAUUAGCUGAAAAAGCUUUAACUUCUUGUAAACUGUGUUCAAAAAAAGUUAUUAAAAACAGUAUAGCCAGGCAUAUGCGAAGAGUCCACAAAGUCGAAUCAAAACGAACGUGUGUAAAAUGUGAAACCUGCGAUGAAACAUUUAAAUCGAAACGAAUUUUAGUCAAACAUAUUCGUAAAAUGCAUCCAAAAGUAAAAAUUAAAAGAAAACGAAAUAGAGGUCAGAUCGUGAAUUGUGAGAUUUGUGGUAAAUCAUUAACACGAGGUACUAUAGGAUAUCAUAUGGCAACGCAUGGAGACCGUGAAAAAUUAUCUUGUGAACUUUGUGAUCAUAAAUUUAUAUCUAAAGUUACGCUAAAAAAACAUGUGAAAGUUUUUCAUACGAAUUCAGCAGCAAUUUGUUUGUGUAGCGUAUGUGGACUUAAGGUACAAUCAAAUUUUGAUUUAGAAAGGCACUUGUUAACGCAUACGGACGAAAGACCGUAUGCUUGUGAUAAAUGUAAUAAAAAAUAUCGUCGAAUAUCUCAUUUAAAUAUACAUGUAUCACGUGCCCAUUUAAAUGAGCGUAAUUUUGUUUGUACAUUUUGUUCAGAAGCAUUUUUUGAUAAGAAAAUUUUAUUGAAUCAUGUUAGGCGGCAUACUGGUGAAAAACCAUACAAAUGUCCCAUGUGUGAAAAAAGGUUUAUACAAAAAAUUGCUUUAACUGUUCAUAUGAAAGUGCAUACAAAUACAUUCUUAACACCUAUCGAACUUCGUGAAACAAUGAAUUUUAUCAAGAAAAUUAACUUAAAAAAUGGUACAUUUAUUAAAAAAUAUUCAACAUUCACAACGAAGUUACCAGAAUGUAAUCAUACACCAAAACUUUAUAAUGGUCCAAGUUAUGAAGCAAAUUUAAAAAUUCGUAAAACAAGAUUGAAUCCGGGUUUAACUACAUUUUAUAAGAAACCAUUAUUCAUAACCUCAGGUCAUAUGCAAUGGCUUUACGAUCAUGAAGGUAAUCGAUAUUUGGAUAUGUUUGGUGGAAUUGUAACCGUUUCCGUGGGGCAUUGCCAUCCGGAAGUAACUAAAACAGCUCACGAACAAUUUUCACAAUUAUGUCACACAACAAAUAUAUAUUUACAUCCAAAAAUUCAAGAGUAUGCUGAAAAAUUAACGGAUAAAAUGCCAGGAAAUUUAAAGGUUGCAUAUUUUGUAAAUAGUGGAUCUGAAGCUAAUGAUUUGGCUACGUUAAUGGCUCGAUUACAUACCAAAAAUAAUGAAAUAAUAUCUUUAAGAAAUUGCUAUCAUGGUUUAAGUCCUAAUACUAUGGCUAUUGUUGGUUCCAGUACCUAUAAAUUUAAUGUAUCAGGACCAUCAGGUAUGCUUCAUACCAUGAAUCCAGAUGUAUUUCAAGGAUUAUGGGGUGGAAAAUAUUGCCGUGAUUCACCAAGUCAAACAUUGAGAUCAUGUUCAUGUCAAGAUGCCUCUUCUUGUGAAGCAUCUGAUGCAUAUUAUAAGCAAUUGGAAGAGGUGUUUAAAUAUUCGUUACCAAAAGGCCAUGUUGCAGCCUUUAUGGCCGAAUCAAUUCAAGGAGUUGGAGGUGUUGUUCAAUAUCCAAAAGAAUACCUUAAAAAAGCUGUUAAUUUAGUUAGACAAAAUGGUGGUGUUUACAUUGCAGAUGAAGUACAAACUGGUUUUGGCCGAACUGGUGAACAUUUUUGGGGAUUUGAAAUGCAUGACGUGAUGCCAGAUAUCGUAACUAUGGCUAAAGGUAUUGGUAACGGUUUUCCUUUAGGUGCCGUUAUAACAACUCCAGAAAUUGCUGAAAGUCUUACAAUAGCAAGUCAUUUCAACACAUUUGGGGGAAAUCCUGUUGCUUGUGCCAUUGGAUCUAAAGUUUUAGAUAUUAUCGAAGCAGAAAAAUACCAAGAGCGUUGUAAGGAAUUAGGAGAUUAUUUGUUCGGAGAGUUAAGAAAGUUACAAGAUAAAUACGAUUGUAUUGGAGAUGUACGUGGUAAAGGUUUAAUGUGUGGUGUAGAAUUGGUUGAAUCGAAAUCAAAUAACAAACCAAUGAAACCAACACAAUUUGCUGAUAUAUUUGAAACAUGUAAAGAUAAUCGUCUAUUAAUUGGAAAAGGUGGUCUUUAUGGAAAUGUAUUUCGUAUAAAACCACCAAUGUGUAUAACAAAAGAGGAUGUUGAUUAUACAAUUGCAGUUAUCGAUUAUUCAAUCGAACAACAUCAAAAUAAAAAAUAUUGAUAAAUAAUAUUAAAAAUGGCAA